AUGAGAAAAUUUUUGGCGCUGCUCGUGGCCAUAGACGCAUUCAAUGACGAAAUCCUGGGAAACAAAGACGAUAUCCUCAACGAUGAUAUUAAUUUGAAUCGCAAUUGCUACGUGAAACUUCCAAAGCAGUAUAACACCAACAUUUAUCAGCCUUUUAGUAGCUUAAAAAAUAUCGAUAUCAGGUGGUCUCUAAAAUGCGAGAACAAUGAUGUUUUGACAUUCUGCGGUGACAUUUCAAUAAAUCUCCGGGAAUCGAAAGAAAAGUAUGUGCCGUUUGACAUUCGUGACGUUCAGCGACUUACAAAAAAGGAAGAAUUUACGGUCGACAGCAGUUCUUGUUACUCAGCGGAAGCUGUAAAAAAUAAGAGUUUAACAACAGAUUCCGGAUUACUACUAAAUUUAAAGACGACGACGAUUUCUUACACACAAAAUGAACGUGCUUCUUUUGGAAUAUCUAUAGUGAUCCAACGCGAAAAAUCGGCGGAGAAAGAUUUCCUUGAAAAGCUCUCUUCGCUCAUCCAGAAGACGACAAAUGAUGGUUCAGCACGCGUGACCCUUCUUGGGAACCAGAGUGCAGCACUUGAGUCACACAGAACGCUUGGAUUCGAAGUCGAUGUAAGGGCAGAGCCACUCUGCCCCACCCAAAUACCCUUCUUCGACCUUAGCUUCUUAGCUGGGGAUCAGUGCUGGCGCCAGCGUGAUAUUAACAAAACAAUCUUGGCAGAGUUAGAUAAUGAUGGGAAAGUUGCGAUCCAUGGGAAAUACUCCUCAGCUGUCUCGUCGUUCGUCAUCAUUUCUGUCGCUCAAGGAAUUCUCCUAGCAGCUACACUCAUUUUUACCAUUCUUAUUUUCAAGCGUCGACCCUACGAUCAUCAAUUUUACAAGGCAGAAAAAAGUAUCUAUGGUUUCUCACUAUUUGUGGCCUUCAUGCGUUUUCUAAUUUCCACGAUGAUUUGCUAUCAAUACCCGAAAAACUCCUUUGUGAACACGGAAGCCGUUAUUCUGUUCUUCAUUUUCGUUUAUAUCGACUUGUUGAUUUAUAUUCUACACUUUCUCAAUUUGCUCCGGCGAGUUUGGAGCAACAACAUUAUUGGUGGUCAUUAUUAUCUGCCGCUUAGAUAUUUUGGACACUCGCUUCAAACUCUGCUUUCAACGAUACCCAAGCACUGCGUAGUCUAUAUUUAUUACUGUCGGACGCUCCCUGUUUCUGGAUACAUACCUGUUGGAAUAAUGUUGCUUAUUUGGACGGAACUCAUCCUGAUUCCGAUGAUUCUAGUGAUUCAGUCGCUCGAUUUGCGCUUCCACUUACCUGAUCUUCAAAAGGACAACACUAAAAUAUUUUCGUCGUUUGUUAUCAUCAACUAUUUGCAAAGCGCUUCGCAGUUGUUUGUCAAUCUCUCAUUAUUAGGCGCUACCUAUUUAAGGCAAAUCAUUGUCUCCUUUUACGCCGACGCUGAGUUUACGGAUUUGAAACCACCUGAAAGUUACUCGAAUGACUCAAUAGCUGGAUCAUCGCCUAUAAAUUUGGAGAAUUUACCAGGUCUACAGGCUUUCGCACCAAGACUUGGAAGCUGCACGUCGCUCAGUAAGUUCAAAUUCAAUGGAAUGGGGAUUAAAAACUGCUUCAACAAUCUCGAAACAAUUAUCUUGGCUAUUGCAUUAGUCAGCUUAGUACUCUCCGGAUCAACGAGCAUAUACUUCGGUUGGUACUCUAGAAAAACCUUCCGAGAUAUAUCGAAAAACUUCCGAGAGCUGUAUGAUAGAACAGAAGACAGACUUCCCAUCAGAAACUACAAUGCUGACUCUUACGGCCGUCGUGGAAUGGAAAUACCGGGGCACAGUCGGACAGUUUCUUCGGACAGAAUGACGUUUCAGUAA